AUGGCGUCUGGCAUUGAGCUCCAACCUACAUCCAGUAAAUCGAAAGCACCCCUCUCUUCAGGCUUGGAGAUCCUGGAACCAGACUCUAAGACUGGCGCUGCUAGUGGAAGCAUCAAAGAGGUCCCCGCAUACCACGACAGCGAUGAUUAUAGCCUGCAUGAAGGCACCACUGGGGAUUAUGUGGCUAGAGAGCACAAGAUUGUCGAGACUGCAGAAGAUAUUGUCAAUCAGGUUCUCACUGUCGAGGAUGACCCCACGCUCAAUCCGUGGACUUUCCGCAUGUUCUUCCUAGGAUUCGGGCUGUCUAUCUUCGCAUCCGUGCUCCAGGAAAUCUUCUAUUUCAAGCCACAGACAAUUUAUGUCUCCAGUGUGUUCUUGUGCGUUAUUGCAUACGUGCUUGGUGAAGCCAUGGCGAAAGUCCUUCCUUCCAAGGGUGUGAUCGGAAGCUAUCUCAAUCCUCAUCCAUUCAACAUGAAAGAACAUGCUGCCAUCACGCUUAUGGCUUCUGCCGCAGGUCAAUCCGCCCUGGCGACAGAAGUCCUGGCUGCACAAGAGCUUUGGUAUGGCGGAUACCCUAGCAAAGUUCUUGGUGUAUUCAUUACUCUGUCCAGUCAAUUGAUCGGCUACGGAAUCGCUGGACUGCUCCGAGAAGUGCUGGUCUACCCGACCAAGAUGCUCUGGCCAGUCAAUCUACCAGUCACAACACUUCUGGAGAGUCUCCAUAAGGAUAAGAUCGCUGCUAAGCAGAGGAUCAAGAUCUUCUACAUCAUUUUCAUCGUCGUCUUCAUCUGGGAGGUGUUCCCAGAGUACCUUUUCCCGGUUCUUGAAGGUGUUUCGAUAUUUUGCUUGGCAGAUCAGAAGAAUUUGGUCUUCACGAAUCUCUUUGGCGGAGCGAGUGGUAACGAAGGACUUGGUAUACUCAGCUUCUGCUUUGAUUGGCAAUACGUCGCGUCUCUUGGUAGUCCUCUUUGGCUACCGCUUGAGACUUUGACCAACAACCUCAUCGGCUACAUUGGCUGUGUGAUCUUGUUCAUGGGUCUCUACUACGGCAACCUCUGGCGCGCACAGGACUUCCCCUUCUUGGCCCAAGUUCUGUUCACGGGUAACAGUAAUGGCACAUACUAUGAGCAGUACAACCAGACACUCAUCUUGAACUCGAAAAUGGAGAUUGAUCAAACUUUGCUGGAUGCUGUGGGUCCGCCACACCUCACAGCAACAUAUAUUGGAUAUUUAAUUACAUCCAACGCUGGCUUUACCGCUACAUUCGUCCACAUGCUGCUCUGGAACUACGACGAGAUCAAAGCUGGCUGGGCUUGGGCUAAGCCAAGUAAUUUACGAAAGCUACUCAUGCUCAAGACGUACAAGUUCUGGCAGAACCAGGAAACGCCCGAAGCCAGACUCGCCCGAAAGGAAGCAGAUCCUAACCUUGAUCCUCACUACAAGCUGAUGCUUCGCAAUUUGUAUGAAGAGACCCCAAUCUGGUGGUGGGGUGCUGUUGUGGUCAUCGCGUGGGCUCUUGGACUGGGAUGUCUCUACGGCAUGGACUCGACACUACCUUGGUGGGGUUUCUUGAUGUCCACCAUACUCACUUUCAUCUGCGUCUUGUUCUUCGGCGCCCAAAUGGGAAUCACCGGCUUCCAGUUCAAUAUCCAACCUAUCUGCCAGAUGCUUGCUGGUUACAUGUUCAAGGGUCGCCCACUAGCUAAUAUGUAUUUCACAUGCUAUACAUACAACGCAUUACAGAUGGCUGAAGUACUGGCCAAAGAUCUCAAAACAGGACAGUAUAUGCAUCUAGCUCCUCGGGCUACAUUCUUCGUUCAGAUUGCUGGCUGUAUUCUCGGUGCUCUGUUCAAUUACAUCAUGAUGAUCUCGAUUGUCGAUAAUCAAGGUACCAUCCUUAAAUCGAUCCUGGGCAGCAACAUCUGGAGUGGCCAGAAUGUUCAACAAUUCAACACUCUCGCCAUUGCCUGGUCCAUGCCCGCCGAGCUCUUCUCCAUUGGCGGUAGAUACGAAUGGGUCACCAUUUCCUACCUCAUCGGCUUCAUCGUCCCGGUACCUUUCUGGCUGGCUUACCGCUACACCAAGCACCCAUUCUUCAAGUACAUGAACGUCUCGAUGAUAUUGUGGUACAUGGGCUGGCUAUUUGUUGGCAUCAACGCCAGCAUCACCAUGUUCUUCAUUGUCGGAUUCUUGUCGCAAUGGUUCGUGCGUCGCCGCUACCCUGAGCUGUUUGUCAAGUACAACUACAUUGUCAGUGCUGCACUUGACGGCGGCACUCAAGUUUUGGUAUUCAUCUUGACUUUUGCAGUCUUUGGUGGUAGUGGCAAGGCUAGACCUUUCCCUACUUGGGCUGGCAACCCGGAUACUGACACGCACAAUCUCGAUUAUUGUAUGCCCAACCCUGCUUCUGGAUGA